AUAGACGCAAAAAGCUCGGCUGCAGCCCGCUCCCGUCGACACCACUGGUCCUCGCGCAACUGUAUGAUCGUGAAGCCGUGUGCUCGUUGACAGCGCGCAGCCGUCUGCACCAGUAGCUCAGCGUCUGGCACCAGUAGCCACCGGAGAGCCACAGGCGGCGCAAAGCCACAGCGACCAAAGAAACCAAAUAUGGCAGCCAUGACAACGAGCCAGCCGACCAACCCUCUGGUCGGCCCGCUCCUGACGGACUUUUACCAGAUCAGUAUGGCCUAUUCGUACUGGCGGCAUAAGAGACAUGAAGUGGAAGGUGUCUUCGAGCUCUACUUCCGGCAGAACCCGUUUGGGGGCGAGUUCACGGUUUUUGCUGGCCUCGACGAGUGCAUUCGUUAUCUAGAGUCGUUCAGAGUAACAGACACUGAUAUCGCGUACCUCCGAACACUAUUACCGAGAGCGGAGCCCGGCUUCUUCGACUGGCUCCGCGCGUUAGAUGCGUCGGACGUGACCGUGCACGCGGUCCGCGAGGGCACCGUCGUCUUCCCGAAGUGCCCCUUGCUGCGCGUGCACGGGCCUAUUGGUCUUGCGCAGCUGCUCGAGACUUCCCUACUAAAUCUCGUGAACUUCGCUUCCUUGGUGACGACGAACGCUGCUAGAAUGAGAUUGGCCGCGGGGCCCGACUGCAGACUGCUGGAGUUCGGUUUACGACGGGCCCAGGGGCCGGACGGCGGCGUGUCCGUGCGGCUUCCGUGUCAUAGUGGAAUCGCGGCGAUGGCGUCAUGACGCGACGCGCGCGCAGGCCUCGAGAUAUGCAUUUGUGGGCGGCUUCGACGGGACCUCCAACGUCCUCGCGGGCAAGAUUUUUAGGGAUCUCCCGGUCUCGGGCACGCACGGCCACAGCUACGUCCAGGCGCACCGAUCGCGCGAGGACCUCCCCGCAAUUGCUGUGUGGAAAUCAACCAGUGCGACGGGUGCACCCGACAAUUCUUCACUAAGUCAUUUCUCGGCGAUGACGUGGCCGCGCUGGCUCCGUCGAGCGGUGAGGAACGAGGACCACCACGUCAUCGAGCAGGCGUCGCGUCGAUGGCGUGGAGGACGACGCGACGAUUCAGCACGAACGCGUCGUAAAAUUUGAUGUCCACACAGGCCGACUGUAUCUUAAAUGGCGUCGACAUCGCGGAAGCGGCGCUCCAGUGGCGCGGCGAGCUCGGCUACGAGGAGGGCGCGGCUCUGCACGAGGGCGAGUUCGCGGCCUUCGUGUCCUACGCGCUCGCGAACCCCACAACGUUUGUCGCGUUGGUCGAUACGUAUAGCGUGCUCGAUACCGGUCUCAGGAACUUCGUGACCGUGGCACUGGCCCUGGCGGUGCGGACUCGGCGUGAAAUUGCGCGCGACGAACCUCGGGGACACGCCAUCGAACCGACGCGAGCACCCGAGAGAUAAACGCACGGAUGCAAAACUCACAAAAAAACACACAGGAGGCGGGCUUCGAGGCCAAGGGUGUCAGAAUAGACUCGGGCGACCUCGCCUACCUCUCGAAGGAGGCUCGACAACUUUUUGACCGGACCGCCGACGACCUCGACGCGGGGACGUACGGCGCCGGCCGCGGCUCAUUAGCCGAAAGCCUGCGGAAGUGCUAUGUGGUCGCGUCGAACGACAUCAACGAACGCGUCUUGUUAUCGUUGCGGGACCAGGGCGCGAAGGUCGACGCGUACGGCAUCGGCACCCACCUCGUGACGUGCCAGGCGCAGCCCGCCUUGGGCUGCGUCUACAAGCUCGUGGAGAUCUCGGGCGAGCCAUGCCUCAAGCUCAGCCAGGAGCCCGGCAAGACGACGAUCCCCGGCGCUAAGGCCUGCUACCGCCUCGUCGGCGCGCGGGGCCAGAUGCUCCUCGACUUGCUCGUGCCGGCGGCCCACGCAGCUCCGGAAGUCGGCGAGCGCGUGCUCUGCCGCCACCCCUUCGACUCGUCGAAGCGCGCGUACGUGACGCCGAGCCGCGUCCUCGAGCUCCACGCGCCCGUCUUCGAGGGCGGGCGCCGCGUCGGCGCGUCGGAAAAUUUACGGGAGCUGCGGGCCUACUGCCAGCGCCAGCUCGGCGAGGUCCGCGAGGACGUGCUCCGGCCGCUGAACCCGACGCCGUACAAGACGUCGGUGUCCGCGGAGCUGUUCUCCUUUCUGCAGGACGCGCUCCAGCGGCACCAGCCCAUCACGGAACUAACGUAGGAUGUGUUACUAGCUCG